AUGGAGAAGACACGCCUAAUGGAAAUGCUCUUUAUUACUUUCAAUCACAAUGUCACUUUCCUGGGUAGGUGGACAUAAUGUAAAUGGACCUGUAAAUGGUAUAUGUAUGGGAUAGUUGAUGUUACUCAGGCCUUUAUGCAACAUCUUUUUGAGUGCAGUCAGACCCAUUACAUUUUUGCUUAUCUAGAUUCACAGGUUUUCCGCACCAACUACAUUUUAAGGGAGAGCGCGAUGGUCUUCUUUUGAUAGUUGUUACUAACAAAUAGCUUUCUUUUCAAUAUUGGUGUCUAACAUUAAAAUGUAUGUGAGUGAAUCAUUAAUUGAUUGGCUCUUUAUGCAGGGAAGACGUGGUUGAUCUUGAUGGUGGUCCUGAGACUACUCAUCCUCCUGUUCUCUGGCUAUCCCCUCUUCCGGGACGAGCAGGAGCGCUUUGUGUGCAACACCAUCCAGCCGGGCUGCACCAACGUCUGCUUUGACUGCUUUGCUCCCCUCUCCCUCUUCCGCUUCUGGCUGUUCCAACUGAUCAUGCUCUGUCUCCCUCACAUGAUGUUCAUCUCUUAUAUAGUCCACAAAGUAUCGUCAGCUCUUCGUAUCGGAGGGAACUAUUUCCCCGGCAGCAGAAGUCCGGUAGGGGCUCUGUGUAACCCUCAACAUUCCCUACCAAAAGGGACGCCUAACUUUUUAAGUGCUUACCUCCUGGACCUGAUACUGCGUAUCUUACUGGAGGCAGCAUUCAGUGCCGGCCAGUACUACCUCUAUGGCUUCUCUGUCCCCAGGAGCUUCCAGUGCUAUGAGUCCCCCUGUACGUCCAUGGUGGAAUGCUACGUAUCCAGACCCACAGAGAAGACCAUCAUGCUCAACUUCAUGCUGGGGGCUGCCUCCCUGUCUCUGCUACUGAGUCUGGCAGACUUGGUGUGCUCUGUGCAGCGCAUGGUGACACAGGGGAGGAGAGAGGAGCAGGGGAAAGAGCUGAAGGAGGGCGGACUGUUCAUGAAUGGAGGGGUUGGGGAGGACAUGGAAGUCCUGUACACCCAGAAUACUCUCAAAACUGUCCUAAAGAGAGGACAAAGUCACAUUGACAAACCAACCUCGAGCGGUAUCCCAAACAGUGACCUUUCACACGGACGAGUGAGAAUAAACAAUGAGACCCAGGUAAGGGUGGCUGCCCCACCCCUGCAGGGGAGAAGGCCGCCGCGGAGGGAUGCAAGGAUGACACCUCCGCCGCCAUUUCAGCCCAUCCCUAUGGGUGCUCCAUCGAACGGUCGCUUUGUUCAUCCCAACCAAAUCUCCCAUUCAUCUCCUGUCCAUCUCUCCAGGCGGUUAGAGAGAAACCCAGUGGUAGUCUCACGCCAGUCUACCCCCUCGCCAAUGAACAGUGGCCAGAGGCAAGGCUGCUACAACGUGGUAGACACAACACUCCUGGAGCAGCAUUAUGAUAGCGCAGAGUCCCGUGAUAGGCUCCAGGAGGAAGUCAUCCUGCAGGAAGUGGGGGUAAGGGGCACCUCAAGCUCCUCCAGUGAUUCUUCUUCCUCAUCAGAUGCUCAAUAA